CAAGAAUCCAUUUUCUCUGGGACGUGUCGCUUUGGAAAUCUGUCUUUGUUGCUCUGGGAGAGAGGACUCCUGGAAUGUGUCUCUGAAUAAAGACUAGCGGAAGGUGCGAAGUGACUAGAUAGGAGCCAAGGAGGAAAACUAGGGAAUGGGAGGUGAGAGUGGCUACACCGACCCAACAUCCGGGUUGCCGGAAGGCUGCAGCGCCCGGAGCGGUGUCGGGCAAACCGCUACCCUGGUAUUGUUGGAGCCUCUCCUGGGGACUUUUGAACAGGUGACCUGGUAGGAAGCACAACUGCUUCUGUUGGAGUGCGGUUGCCUGGAGACCGCAGUCUGAAGGGACUCCCGGCAGAGAUGUCGUUACGGUGUCCUGCCUAUCUGGAUGCUUACGAGCGCGACUCAAAAUUACACCCCUGAGGACCUCGGAGAUACUGUGGCCUCGUGAAUAGAAAUGUCUACCCAUGUGUCAGGACUGGAAAUAAUGAAUGAAGAUCAGUUAAUCAAAGAAGUCUUGGAUAAAUUCCUUAAUUGUCAUGAACAAACAAAUGAUGAAGAAUUUCUGAACACUUUUGCUCGUCGUUCACAAGAGGAUCUUGUGUCCGAAAGGGGAGUGGUUGGAACUGAUUCUUCAGAAAACAUUUUUACCUCAGCAAAAGUUACUCAUGAAAAUGAAGCAAAUAACUGCCAUCUUAGAAAUAAAACCAUCUUUCUUCGUACUUCAUCACAGUGUUUAGAAGAACAGGUAGAAAAUUUCCUAGAUUUAGAAGAUCUGGACAUGGAUGAAGAGACUAAACCCCAAAUGAGUGAGGAUUUGCUGCUACUUCCAGGAGAAGUGGAGCAGGCUGCAAGCACCAGCAUUCCUCCCUGUAUCCCUUCUGUGGCCCAGCCUCCUACCUGUGAAGUGAAGCCAAAGCCUGCUGUAAAAAGAAUGGGCAAACAGACGAAAGAGAUACUUGGAGAUGAAGUUCAACCCUUCUCACUUGAUGAAGAAUUUGACUAUGACAAUGUGACACUAACCUCCAAGUUUAGUCCUACAGAGAUAGAGACCAUCAAAGAGUUAUGCAAGCAGAAGAGAAAGGACACCAGCCCAGACUUAGAGGAACCCUGUGACUGAUUCACAGAGGCAUUUUUUUGUGCGUGUGUGCUUAUUUUAAUUUUGUUCUUAUUCAAGCAACAUUAGAAUAAAAGAUAAACCUACUAUAAUUCCCUUUGUGGAAAUUUACAUAUGUGCACUCAUUUAUCAGAGUUACCUGUUAUUAGGGAUAUAGAGCAAUAAGGCCAAGGAGAUUGCAGCCCUUACAGAAUUCUCUCUUGCCAUGUUGUUGCUGCAUCUUGUGCCUGGUUGGAGGAGAUGGGAGUGGGAAAUGGGAACAGGAAGCAGCAUCUAUGGAGGGAUCCAUUUUGAUGAAAGCAUUGCACUAGGUGAUGUGAGGUGCUGUACCAAAGGUCAGAAACAUGAUCCUACUUCCUUGAGAGUAAAGGACAAUUACACAUGAAAACACAUUGUAGCACAUUAGAGAAAAAUUGCUAAUAUGAAGUAGGUCUGGGUCCUAGCUAGGUCCAGAGAUAGUGCUAUCAGUGUGAGUGUUGUUGAGAGAUUUGGCUUCUGGAAUUGAUUGGGAAA